GUUCCCGGUCCCACGUCAUGUUCACCGUCAAGGUCACCACUACCAACCGCUCCACCCGAGAGUCUUUGACGGGAAAGAUCGUCCUGUGCGACCUCGGUGGAUCUGAGAGGCUCAAGAAGAGCGAGGUUACGGGCGAGAACAUGAAGGAAGCCAUCGAAAUCAAUCGCUCUCUCACGGCCUUGGGGGACGUCAUCGAGGCCAUAGCUCGCGGCAAACCGCAAGUGCCCUACCGCAACCAUCGCCUGACGCAGUUGCUUCAGGAUUCUCUCGGCGGCAGUGCGAAGACGCUGAUGUUCUGCAACUGCUCUCCUGCGAGGUCAAACCUGCACGAGACGAUGAUGAGCUUGAAUUACGCACUGCGUGCGAAGCGCAUCGUGAACAACGUC